GCGCCCCGAGAUCACCAUCGUGGCAGCAGAGCCGCUGAGGCCGGCCUCGUGGUUCCCGGGAGCUCCGCCGCGGGGCCUGGGCUUCCCCGCCGCGCCCGUCGCGGGCCCCUGGAGACCCAGCGACCUGGUUCCUGCCGAGCUCCCGCCCUCCUACGAGCAAGUGAUAAAAGAAAUCCACCAGGUUCGGGUUAACGCGACCAACAACAACAACGCCGCCGUCCUCCCGAGGAGCACCAUCACCUCUGCCACCCAGACCGACUUUCCGGAGCGGGCAGACAGCGGCCUGCCUCCAGCACUCCCGGCGCCCCUCACGCCCCUCCAGCCCUCGCCAGCAGCCCCCGGCGACCCCCCCGCAAGCGUGGCCCCGUUAAUAGUCUUCGAGAUCUCUGAGGAGCAGAACUGCCCCGACCCCCCCACUGCGGCGAGAUGUCCAGUGCCAAGACCAAGGUCAAAGAGCAACCUCAGGCCAGUCGCCAGGGACGCCCACAGUAAGGAGCGGGGUGCCCGGACGAGCCCCGCGCCGCCCGGGGAGGGCUGGCCGCCCGCGUGUCCGCUGGACGGCCCCCGCGGUGUGGAUGGCCCCGCGGUGAGGGACGCGAUGGACGCCGAGCACAGCCAAAGCAGUGUCGUUUCCAGGAUCAAAGCCCUGGAGGGCCAGACCAGCACCGAGGGCCCGGGGCCGCCCCGCAGACCCGAGGCUGGCCCGCGCACGGUGCCCCCGAGGCCCGCGGCGCCCGCGGGGAAGCCGGUGGUGGCGCCCAAGCCGGCCGCGCACGGAGCCGCCGCUGCCCACGGAGCCGCGGGGGAGUGGGACUCGUGGGCCCGAGCCGGGCUCCCCGCGUGCUCGCCGCAGGACGCCGCAGGCGCGCCGGUUACCAAGCCCGAAUUGCCAAAGACGUCAGCCCCGAGGAGCCGAGAGCCGGCGGGGAGGAAGGUCCCCACCCCCGCCCCGCGGCCCCUGCCGCCCCGGAGACGCCCCGACGCCCCCGCGGCCCCGGCCCGGCCCCCCGCCGCCUCGCCGGCCAGAGCGCCCCGGGCCCCCGGGGAGGCGCCGCCCAGCCCCCCGGCUCCCGCCCCGGCAGACGUGGACCUCAUCAGCUUCGACGACGACGUCCUGCCCGCCCCGGCCAGCCCCGCCGAGGGGCCCGCUGCCCCUGACGCGCUUCUCGGAAAACCAGGAAGCUUCAGCACCCAAGGGUGUGGCUCAUCUGAGGGGGCGUGCCUGGCAUGCUUGCUUCCACCAUCGUGGGGACAGAGCCCAGGACUUUGGUCCUCCUUCCUUCUCCAUGGUUGGGACGGACGUGGACGGUGCAGUUCAUCCCCACUGGUGCUGGCCUGCCCCUGACCCUGACCUGCCCCUGGC